AUGAAGUACUCAAUACAGAGCAAAUACAUACUGUACAAAGAUCAAUUGAUAAGUGGAUAUGUGUGCAUUGAGGGUGAGUACAUUAAACAUAUAUUACAUGAACCUAAUGAAUUAUUAGAUCAAUACCCUAUUAAAUACGUGUAUGACAAUUAAGUGCUCAUGCCAGCAGCCAUUGAUACUAAUGUAUCAUUAAGCAUGUGGAAUCAUAUUGAAGAAUUUACUAAGUAUGAACUUUAUACUAAUAGAUUGGCAAUUGUUGGAGGCACAUCCUUAAUAGUUAACAAACCUUAUUAACUGAAUCUUGAGAUGGAUGCUCAAGAAUAAUUCCAAUCCCAAGUCCUAUAAUUGCAAUCCAAAUCACAAACUGAUUUUAUUUAAAUGGCUAAAAUUCGAUAAAAAGAGGAUAUUGAUAAACUAUUGAAGUUAGGAGCAUUCUGCUUCGACUGUCAUUUGCUGCCUUCCUAUUCGGGAACAUAUUUUAAAGAUCUCCAGUAAUUUCAAUAAGUUUUAUAACAAUUGCCUUCCUCAGCCUGUCUAUUUAUACAUACUCAAAACACUGUUGACAAAGAUUUGGGUAUAACAUCGCCUUUCAGAAAUAAACCAUUUGCCGAGCGAUUGAAUAUAUCUUAAUUAGAUUUGGUUGAUGCGGAUGGAGUCUCAGGAUCAUGCAUUAGCGACGAUGAAAAUAUCCAAAAUGAUGAUCCCAAAUAUUUGUAACAAAUCGAUUAUCUGAAUGAAAGCAAUUCUCCUAUUAAAGAUAUAGUUAAAAAAUAUAAGAAUUCAGAUGAGAAGAGAAUUUCAGAAUUUGAUGAUUAAUACGAUGCUCCACAAUCACCCAAACUAUAAUCCAAUAUUUAUAAAUUAAAAUCGAAAUAGAUUACUGAGCAAUCAUAAAUCUCUUUGAUUAGUAGAGCUGAACUUAUAACAUAUAAGGAUGCUCCAAAGAUGGAAUAAAAUUAUAAAUUCCCCUAUGAUGAUGCCGAUAGUAUACAAUCGCAAUAAUAACAAUAAUAAUAACAAUAACAAUAACCCUUAUAAUAUCCUUCAUAUAAGAUAGAAACUAAGCCUUCCACUCAAGAUCAAGAAUCACCUUUAGGAUCAAAGAAGGAUUCAAACUAAUAGGAUUCCAACCAAAGACACAGUCCUCAAAUGUCUAUACAAUCCUCAGACAUAUCAUCACCAGAAAGUCUCUCUCUAAAAUCUGAGUGCAGACUAAGAUCAAGAGCUUAAACUACUUAGGGACUCUUACAAAGAAGACAAUCCAAAACUGGAUUUGCGUUGGUCUUACAUCAAGUGGAAGAUAAGUCAAAUGUAAAGCAUGGAUCUGGGGAUAUGUUAUUGCUCAAUUUCUCAGAAUCAAGGCCUCGAUAAAAUUAAAAUAACAAUAAUAGAUUCAACAGAGAUUAUUUAUGUUUUUUAGCCUUUCGACCUGCAACAUGGGAAAAAUUUGCUAUUCAAAAAGUGAAAAAGAUGAUCAAACAAUAAUUCAAAUGCAACAUAAUUCUACAUGGGUUUUCUUCUUCCUUUUCUUUGGUUGAGAUAAAAGAGCUUAUCAAUAACUAAGUUUUUAGUGAUAUAGGAUAUCCCUAUCUCCUAUUAGAUAGUGAUGACAUAGGUGAUGGAGUAACUAAAUACAAAUCUGAUCCUCCAAUUCGAUAAAAAUACAAUAAACAAUUGUUAUAAAAAGGGAUUUCAUAAAAUAAUUGGAUUAGUAGUAUAUCAAGUUCACACCUCUAUGUUAAUGGGUUGUACAAAUUCGAAGAAUAAGGAGACUUUCGAAAAGCUGUAAGUGGAUUAUGCAGUGUGGGAUGCACUUUCUAAGCUUUGUGGACUUUGUUAUUUUGUAAAAAGGAUCAAGAUCCUAAUGUCAUCAAAUAGGCUUUCUACAAUAAGGACAAUAAUAAUCAAAAAUACAAAAGGAUGGUGUCGAAACUUAAUUAACUCCAAUAACUUGUAUCUUCAGGACCAGCUCAAUAUUUGAAUCUCAAAGACAGGGGAAGUAUUGAAGUAGGAAAGGUAGCAGAUUUAGUCGUAUUUGAUCCAUUGAAAGCAUGGAAACUGAAUUUCGAAAAAAUCAAUCACAUUUUUAAUUUUUCAUUUGAGAAACACAUCUUUAAGAAUAGAUUAUUUUUAGGUUCAGUUGACUCAGUGUUUAUUAGAGGGGAAUUAAUUUUACAUUAAGAAAAUCAAGUAAUUUCAAUUUAAAAUAGAUAAGGAAUGUAAAUAUUGAAAUGA